AUGUGUUAUGGUUUAGCUUCUAUUCAUAUUACCAGACUUAAACUGCUGAAACCUAAAGUUCUCAUUCUGGCUGUUGAUUGUGGCCUUUUCCCACCGCCCUCUCCCGCUUGGCUCCGAGGCGGUCGGGCCGGCGGGACCGAGAUACGCAGCGGGCCGGCCGGGGUCCUACGGCGUAAUGCGGCACUCCCCUCAGCACGGCCCGCUCCGCCGCCGCCCCGCGGCCUGCCCUGCCCCUUGCGGGCCCUGGGGAGCGAGGGGAGCUGCGGGGUGGCCCCAGGGGCUGCCCAGCGCUUUGGCAGCCGGGGCUGGGGUGAUGAUGGUCGCCAUCCAAGCAUUUGGAACUUGCGAGGAGCCGCCGGAGCAAUUGUUAGUAUUUCCAUUGCAGCUUCGGCAGAUGCUUCUGUCCCGGAUUGUGCCUUUAGAAGUGUGACACUCGUCGGUGCUGGACACAGCCUGCUUCAGAAGAGGCAUUAUCAGCCUUCAGCCAAGAUGGUGGCGUUUAACUUGAAGGCUUUGGAGAAUUUCCCAUUGCUGAUGUACAUCUUGGCAGCUAAAACAUUGAUUCUUUGCUUAGCAUUUGCUGGAGUUAAAAUGUACCAGAGUAAAAAAAUUGAAGAAAAAUUGAAGAGGGAACGUGAAGAGAAAUUGAAAAGAGAAGCAGAGAAGAAGGGUGAUUAAAGAAUCUCUCAGAUUCUGUGACGCUUGGCAGCUUGCUUGGAUUCCUUUCCUGGGAGAACGAAGGCUUCCUGUAGAUGAAGGAUGUGUCGAAGGAAUAAAACCCUCCGGAGUAACAUUCA